UUGAGUGUUGACAAACAAGUCUGAUCAGUCUUGUAAAAGUCAUCAUUCGUUUCAGACUGAAAAUUAAUUUGAAAAUAUAUUUAAAAAAAUGGGUAAACAUGAAGUUGGAACUCCUAAAUAUAUUGCCAACAAGAUAAAAUCAAAAGGACUACAAAAAUUACGAUGGUAUUGUCAAAUGUGUGAAAAACAAUGUCGUGAUGAAAAUGGUUUUAAAUGUCAUACAAGGUCAGAAUCUCAUCAUCGUCAACUUUUACUUUUUGCUGAUAAUGCUCGCGAGUAUAUGAAUGAAUUUUCACGUAAUUUUUCUGAAGGUUUUUUGUCUAUAUUAAAACGACAAUUUAACACAACACGUGUUUUAGCAAAUACAGCAUAUGGAUAUUAUAUAGCUGACCGUGAUCAUAUCCGCAUGACAUCAACAAUGUGGUUAACUUUAACAGCUUUUGUUAAAUGGCUUGGUAAAAAUGGUAAAUGUGUUGUUGAUGAAACAGAAGGAAAAUGGUACGUAACAUAUAUUAACAAAGAUCCAGAAACACUUGCUGCACAAGAAAAAAAAGCUAAAAAAACUAAAAUGGAUAAAGACGAUCAAGAAAGAAUGAUGGAUUUUAUUGAAAAACAAGUUGAACAAGGACGUAAAGAAAACAAUAAUAAUGCUGAUAAUAAUGUUGUACCUUUAAUACGAUCAGACGAUGAUGGUCCACUUGUUUUGAAGCUUAAUUUGCAACCAAAAGUAUCAGUAGUUGAUGGAUUGGCAUUUGCACCAAGAUCUGUUGAAUCAUCCAAGUUAAAAAUUAAAAUUAAAGAUGAACUACUUGGUAGUAUUGAAAAUGACAAUUGUCAUAUGAAAUCAUCAUCAUCAUCAUUAAGUUCAUCAAAAAGAGGCUCCAAAAGACUACAUGAAGAAAUAGAACAACAGUCUGGAUGGUUAAAACCAAAUUUAGUUGUUAAAAUUAUCACAAAAACACUUGGUUCCAAGUAUUACAAGGCCAAGGGUGUCAUUCUAGAUCCAGUACUAGAGUCAGGUUUUGUUGGAAAAGUUGAAAUCAUAUCUCCAGAUGAUGUCAAUGGCCAUGUUGUUAAAUUAGAUCAAGAACAUCUAGAAACAGUGAUACCUGCUAUUGCCAGAGAAGUUUUAAUUGUCAAGGGUCACAAAACUGGUUCCAUUGCUGUACUUAAAAAAGUUAGAACUGAUGAAUUCAGUGUUGAUGUUGAGCUUAUUGAUAAAUCAAUAUUAAAAAGAAUUCCUUAUGAAAAUAUUUGUAAAAUUCAUCAACUUUAA